CCUCUAGACGCACUGAUGGUUUAUCAGACAGCUCAACAUCCAGACCUGGAGAAGAACCUGAGCAACCAUUUUACACAGCAGGGUGUUCCAGACGGCAUUGCUUUCUUCAGCCCGUCGGGAGUCAGGUUCAGUUUGGAAACGGUGAGGAGACUGUCAGGUGAACAACUCGUGCAGAUAAAGUUUGCGGCCAUAGGACCCACCACAGCGGAGGCCAUGGCGGCAGAGGGGCUCUCGGUCAGCUGCUCAGCAGACAAACCUACAGCUGAGCACCUCGCCGCAGGGAUAGCAAAGGCUUUACAGUGACAGACUUGACGAGACGGACCCGCAAACCAACCCGAAAAACUUGAUCCGUCCCCCAUCACGUUCUCAUUCAGUCUCUGUGAAAAAAAGGAUUGUGGUAUUGCAUUGUUUGUGAUUUAUUUAUCUCUGUGAAGUAUUUUCUAUUAGUUGUGGGGUUUUAUGUGCUAUUUUGAUCGCGGAUAACCAUCUGUAUAUUUAUUAUAUUGUCAUGUGUUGUUGUGCACCUGCACCACAGAGAUAUUGUAAGGAUUUAUGCCUAUUUGUUGACACUGAAUGUAUCAAAUCAUGCUCUUAUAAACUUGUGAAUACACUGA